AUGUCGAUCGGGACCGAAUCGCUAGUUCCUGCUCCGCCGAGCCUCAACGGCAUCGCUAAUGGCUAUCCAAGCAAGACGCAGAAGGAGUUAACCAACGGAGACUUUGAUGCGCACGAUAGACUUUCUCUUGCACGACUCACUCCUUACGAUGUUCUGACGGCUGCGCUUCCGCUGCCGGCUCCGGCUUCGGCCACGGGGUUCUGGUGGCGAGAGACAGGGCCUGUUAUGAGCAAGCUUCUGGCCAAGGCAAAUUACCCUCUUUAUACUCAUUACAAGUACCUUAUGUUAUAUCACACCCAUAUUCUUCCAUUGUUGGGACCUCAACCGCCGCUUGAGAACUCGACGCAGCCCUCUCCGAGUAACGCGCACUGGAGGUCCUUCCUGACGGACGACUUCUCCCCGCUGGAGCCGAGCUGGAACGUGAAUGGGAACUCGGAAGCGCAGAGCACAAUCCGUCUUGGUAUUGAGCCCGUGGGUUUUGAAGCCGGGACCGCCACGGACCCAUUCAACCAAGCUGCCGUGACGCAGUUCAUGCACUCAUACGAUGCAACCGAAGUAGGCGCCACGCUGACGCUGUUCGAGCACUUCCGCCACGACCUUUUCAUUAGCCCGGAGUCUUACGCCGCGUUAAGAGGGAAGAUACCAGAAGGCGAGCAUACCACACAGAGCUUCCUGGCGUUCGAUCUCGACGCGGGUCGUGUCACCACAAAGGCGUACUUCUUUCCGAUUCUCAAGUCGCUGAAGACCGGACAGAGCACAAUAAAGGUGGUCUCUGACUCCAUUCUGCGUCUAGCGAUGAAGAGCGAGGUAUGGGGUGUGCAAACCAUCGCUGCGUUGUCGGUCAUGGAGGCGUGGAUGGGUAGCUACGGUGGUGCGGCAAAGGCGGAGAUGAUCAGCGUCGACUGCGUGAACGAGGCAGACUCCCGGAUCAAGAUAUACGUGCGGAUGCCGCAUACGUCUUUGCGGAAGGUGAAAGAGGCAUACUGCCUAGGUGGGCGUUUGACAGACGAGAAUACAGCUGAGGGCCUGAAGCUGCUGGACGAGCUGUGGAGGACGGUCUUUGGGGUCGUCGACGAGGACGCGGAGUUGCCACAGAAUAGUGAUCGCACGGCGGGGACAAUAUUCAAUUUCGAGCUGCGGCCAGGGAAAUGGUUCCCCGAGCCCAAGGUGUACCUGCCUGUCCGACACUACUGUGAAAGUGAUGUGCAGAUUGCUAGUCGGCUGCAAGUGUUCUUUGGAAAGCUCGGAUGGCACAACCUGGAGAGAGAUUAUUGCAAGCAAGUUGAAGAUUUGUUUCCCCAUCAUCCACUGUCCUCGUCAACGGGCACACAUACCUAUCUUUCAUUUUCGUAUAAGAAGCAGAAAGGGGUCUAUAUGACCAUGUAUUAUAAUCUCCGGGUAUACAGCACCUAA